AUGUCAUUAUCCCCAAACCUGCUAUAUUAUCUCGGAACCGCUGCUGCUGUCUUCAGCUCUGUUUCCCUUGUUCUUAGCGCCAUUUGUUCCUCAUCCAACCAGUGUUCGUCAUCCAGUACUCGACUAAUCGACUCGGCAGCCAUCGCCCUCAGUGCACUCGGCUGUAUCGUUCUCCUAGCACUGAUUCUGAUCUUCCUCGGAGACCGCUUCAAGAAGUCCGACCCCCCGCAGCGGAGAGCGUGGAAGACAAACGUUUAUUACCUGGGUACCGCGUACCUGCUCUUCGUGGCCGCGUUGGCAAACGGAACCAUGGCCCGGGAUCUCACCACGGCGUCUGCGGCGGAGGCCUCACCGGGACCGAACCCACUCUCUAUGGCUCGGAACGUUGCGUGGUCGGUCUCCGUGUUCUUCCAGGGAUUGUUCUGUGGCGCUUUGGUACCGUCUUUGGAGGAACCGCGCCACUACAGUGACGACUGGCCUCGCCCCUUCUCGCCCGAGGGCGAGCUGGGGUCACACAACAGUGAUCUCCGACGCAAACCUUCCUCGUCCUUACCGUCCUCCUCCACCUACGAGUCGCAACGGUACUCCAUGUCGAACUCUCCGAAAGACCGGCUGACGCCCGUGGACUCGAACCUGUCCCGGUCCGGCUCGCGCUUUUCCAAACGGUACUCGGGGCUGACGCUAUUUCGGCGAGACUCGAAGCGCAGUUCCAUCGAGUCCCAACCGACACAGGAAUCCCCCCCGUUGGAAAGUCCUCCGGUAACCCAUGCUCCGGAAUCCGAGUUAGCGGCCACCCCAGCAGCCACUUCAACAGAAGUCACCCCAGCAUCUACAGACGGACCGGGCCCGACUCUUGUCUCCGAACCCAGCGUGGAUGAUCCGGCUCCCUCACUACUCGACCGACCUCGGCCCCUCGUGCUCGAGGAUCGCGGGCUGGGGCGGCGACUACACCGGAGUGCAUCGCAGAUCAAACGGUCGCUGGACACGCUGAUCUCGCCGGCACUGCCGUCUCCGACGAUCACGGUGUCCAGCGAGCCCGAUUCCCCCCGGACGCUGCGAGCCGUGCCAGCCUUUAUACCGGACGAACGCAACAUCCACCCGUUGUUCCGCAGCGGCAGCCCGACGCCGCCGACGGCCCUGCCGGGGACGGUGGUGACGGCGGCCCCGACGGCGGGCCAGACGGUGACGGUGAAAAGCGCACGCAAGAUGCGGUCGAACACGUCUCUGCGGGCAAACGCGACGCGCUCGCGGACGUCGCUGCUGGAACGCAGCGAGACGGUGAGCGAGCGCGGAGAGCGGAGAAGUCGACUCAACGACACAACCAGAACUCAUCAUCAUCAUCAUAAUAAUAAUCCUAAUCACGACAAUAAUAAUGGCCUGUUUCCUGGGAUUGUGCUUGCGGCGGAUGUACGUCGCAGCCUGCUACGGUACGAGAAGCGGUAUAAUCUGGACGAAUCGCCGGAGGAGAGCUAG